AUGGCGACCAGACAAGUGGAAACGCAAAUUCAACUAUUGAUUCUUCCAGCUGACGAGAGUCGCAUCGUAGGAGGCCAGCCAGCAAGUAUCGAUGAACAUCCGUACCAGGUGUCUCUUCGAUUUAACAAUCGUCACGUAUGCGGUGGCUCUAUCAUUAGCGAGCAAUGGAUCGUCACAGCCGCGCACUGUGUCCAGAGCCCCUUGGUUCGUUUCUUUUCGAUCAAGGCAGGCACUUCCGACCUUACGGAGGACAACGCCACUGUAGUCACCGCCGAAGAAAUUAUUACUCACGAGAGCUACGACAGAAGCAUCGCGGAUUACGAUAUUGCUCUGAUUCGGUUGGAAAAGCGGUUGGUGUACAGUUCGCGGAUAAAACCGAUCCUGCUGGCACCAAUAGCCGAUCAUUAUACGGCUGGCAGCAAUGCGAUGGUUACCGGUUGGGGAAUUUUGAGAAACAACGGUCCACUGACCACACGGUUACGUAAAGUGCAAGUACCACUGGUUUCUAGCGCUCAGUGUUCCCGUUUGUACGUAACCAGACCAAUCACACGAAGAAUGAUAUGCGCUGGUUAUGUGAAUGCCGGAGGAAAGGAUGCCUGUCAGGGCGACAGUGGCGGACCAUUGGUGCAACAUGACAAACUGAUCGGAAUCGUAUCGUGGGGCUUUGGAUGCGCGCGACCAUCUUAUCCCGGCGUUUACACGCGUGUGACAGUCCUUCGAAGUUGGAUCACCGAGAAAACCGGUCUGUGAGCGUUUUCUGUUUAUCCUAGUCGCGAACACAGAACGUUAUCGAAGCAACUACGAUCUCUGAAAUUUUUCCUGCAAACAAUUCGCGUCGCUACCACGGCCGCCAUCCCCUUUGUUUACAAAGAGAGUGGAACGCGUUCCACGAGCACGA